CUUGGUCCUCCGGAUAAGGGGAGCCUGUUUCCCUUCCACGUGGGAAUCGUGGUGGUGGUCAUGGCGGAGGGGCAGCCUGGGUCCCUCGAGCUUCUGGACUUGCGGGAGAGGGUAGACGCGGACCUUCCUGCCGCGCUGGCCUUGCUGAAGUCCCUCCAAGAGCAGGUGGUCGGAGUGACACAUCAUGUGCAACGUCUGGCAAAGACCGUGCGGGAAGGCGGCUACUCCACCGAGAAGGGCCUCAGUUUCCUAGAAGUGAAAAACCACCUCCUCCUCUUCUACCUCCAAGAUCUUGCUCAUCUGGUCCUGGAAAAAACCUUGGGACACUCCGUAGCUGAGCAUCCGGCCCGGCUGCGCUUGGUGGAAACCCGGACGGUGCUGGAGAAGAUGCGCCCCAUCGAUCAGAAGCUGAAGUACCAGGUGGACAAACUAGUGAAGGCGGCCAUGAUGGGGGCGCUGGGUGAAAAUGACCCACUGAGGUUCAAGCCGAAUCCCAACAACCUGGUGAACAAGCUCAGCGACUCGGAAGACGAGGAGGGCGAAGACACUGGUGGUGCAAAGGAUUCUGGGAAGGGGCUGUCCAAAGGAGGAAGCAAAAAAUAUGCCCCCCCUCGGCUGGUGCCUAUGCAUUACAAUGAAUCGGAGGCGGAGAAGGAGAGGAAGUUGCUUGAGCGGGCCAAGAAGAGGGCCCUCAGCAGCUCCAUCAUCCGGGAGCUGAAAGAGCAGUACUCGGAUGCCCCGGAGGAGGUCCGAGAGGGGCGCUACGCUCACGCCAGCAGGCUGAGCCGCGAGGAUGCGCACCGGACCAACUACGAAGAGAGCAUGAUGACCCGGCUCAACAUGACCCGGAAGGAGAAGGCCCGCCGGAGGCGAGAGGCGGUCCUGGGCACCCAGCUCGGCUCGCUCACCCACUUUGGGGACAUCAGCGCUUUGACGGGGGUGACGGCCCCCUUGGGAGAGGGUUUGAGCCCUCAAAAGAAGAAAAGGAAGACGGUUGGCGUGAAAAAGGGAAAGAAGAAAAAGGGUUUCCACAGGAGGCGAUAACCCUCUCACUCCUCGGGGGCUCAUCUCUGCCAGCCCCCCAAUACCUUGGAUUUACACACCUGUUACCAUGUAUGGGGUGAGGGAGAGACAUUUGCUAACAAUAAAACUUGAGUGCCAUCUUC